GAUCCUUUUGUAGCAUUUCAUCUGGACAAGGCACUUGUGAGAAAGUACAUGACCCCACUCUUGAUUGGGGAACUGGCACCAGAUCAACCCAGCUUUGAGCCCAGUAAGAAUAAAAAGCUGGUAGAAGAUUUCCGUGAACUCCGUGCGACUGUGGAGAAGAUGGGGCUUCUCAAACCCAGCUGGAUUUUUUUCAUUCUGUAUCUCUGUCACAUCUUGGUGUUGGAUGUUGCAGCGUGGCUUGUCAUCUGGUAUUUUGGAGCAUCCACAGUGCCUUUCCUCUUCUCCGCAGUGCUUCUAGGCACUGUCCAGGCCCAGGCUGGCUGGCUCCAGCAUGAUUUUGGACACCUUUCAGUCUUUAGCAAGUCCAGAUGGAACCAUUGGGUGCACAAGUUCGUGAUUGGCCAUCUGAAGGGAGCACCAGCCAGCUGGUGGAAUCACCUCCACUUCCAGCAUCAUGCUAAACCUAACUGCUUCCGAAAGGAUCCUGACGUUAACAUGCACCCCUUAUUUUUUGCUCUGGGAAAAACACUCUCUGUAGAGCUUGGUGUACAAAAGAAGAAAUUCAUGCCUUAUAACCACCAGCACAAGUACUUCUUCAUCAUUGGUCCCCCAGCUCUGGUGCCUCUUUAUUUCCAGUGGUACAUAUUCUACUUUGUGGUACAGCGGAAGCAGUGGGUGGACCUGGCCUGGAUGCUUACCUUCUACAUCCGAUUCUUUCUCACCUACUUCCCCUUACUGGGGGUGAAGGGUAUCCUGGGGCUUCAUCUGUUAGUCAGGUUUAUAGAGAGCAACUGGUUUGUUUGGAUUACACAAAUGAAUCACAUCCCGAUGCACAUUGAUUAUGACAAGAAUGUGGACUGGUUCUCUACCCAGCUCCAGGCAACUUGCAACGUUCAUCAGUCUUUCUUCAAUGACUGGUUUAGUGGACAUCUGAACUUCCAAAUCGAGCACCACCUUUUUCCUACAAUGCCUCGACACAACUACUGGAAGGUGGCCCCUUUGGUGAAGUCCCUGUGUGCCAAACAUGGUAUUGAGUACCAGUGCAAGCCGUUGCUCACCGCCUUUGCGGACAUAGUGCACUCUUUGAAAGAUUCGGGUGAGCUCUGGCUUGAUGCUUAUCUACAUAAAUAAGAAACAGUGGAACCUUACAGAGGAAUUCCCCACCCAUGUUGCCUCCUGUGGUGAUCACCGUGAAGAUACUGCACAGAGGAGAGAGAGCUGGCUAAGCCAGAGGUGGGGAGGUGGUGCAGCUUAAUUCCAUUGAUGAAUGUGAUUAAUAUGAUUUUUUUUAAAAAGAUGUGUUCU